CUAUGCCUAUGCAUGGGGCCAUCCCCCUGCUCUCUCACUCGCUCAGUCCAUCCCUCCCUCCUCGUGCUACAGUCGACGCCAACUGUAGUUGCUGCAUCGGUUUUUAUUCAGCGAUCUCGCUUUGUUUCUUUCCAGCUGUGCGAGCUCCCGCUCAUGUCGUCGCACUUGGUGCAGAUCUUCCAACAUAAUUCUGUCGUGAGGUCAGUUUCGUCGAGUUUGAAAUUCGCGGGGAUGCAUUGUUAGUUGGAUUCUGUCGAGCGGAGUUGAGGUGAGAGGAAGGAGGGGGACUGCGAGGGGGUUUGGGGUUGUGUAGAGGAAAAUGCCGAGGAACCGAGAGACGAUCACGGAGAUGUGGAGAGGUUUGACGCAAUUCGGUAGCUGGAGACUUCAUUGUCUGGAUUCUUGAAGAUUUUGCGUGACAUCGUAAUGGCGGGGUGUGGAAUUAGUGUUAAGAGGAUGAGGAUUCAUUGUUUCCAGCGACCUUGGUGCUUGUGGGAGUGUGAGGUCUCUUUGGGACGAGGGUGGAGUACUGAGGUCAAAAUUAGGGGCAUGGACUCGCAGAACGAGUAGAGAGGCGUAGGAAGGACGUGCCCGUGUGAUAGUUGAGGCAGGUGUACGUUGAUGUCGUAUCUGGGAGAUGUGAGAAGAAAUAUGCGUGUUGGCAAGCACUCGGAAACAUUAGUGCAAUGCAAUGGAUAUGAAUACAGAGGAUGUAUUCGAGAAGAUGCUCGGGGAGACAAAGAAAAUGGCUACUUCGACGCCGCGGAACAGCAACAGCAACUACGGUGUUUCUGAUCAUUUCUCCAUGGAAGAGCUUCCUCAUCCAGCUCGAAAUCUUACAGCUUCCCGUGUUGUUAUCAUGGUCACAGUGGCUGUUCUGGUAGGAGCUCUCACAGUUAGCACGUGGUAUUUUACACAUAGUUACCCGAAAACUGCAGUGACCAAUCUAUCAGAAUCGUUGCGACUUGAAAUUCUCGUCAACACAUCUGAACUUCUCAAUGGGAUUUUUAAGAUGAAUACCUAUAGUUCGAAGGCCCUUUUCCACUUGAUGGAAAAGAACUUUUUUGGCUCUGACUUUGGAAUUCAGUCCCUAGAGAAGAUACGGCUGGCGACAUGGUCCAUUUUCAAAGCUAUGCCGACGAUCACAUCGUUGGGUGUAACGGCCUUGAAUGGAUUGACAGCAGUAUAUGCUCGUAAGGAGUCAGAGUAUGAUGGAAACCUUUUAAUUUUCUCGAAUAGCACUAAUUCUGAGAAUCCCAUGUACUACAAGGAAUUUGUGGAUGAAAACACUGGCGAUCCAAUAUCAGAGGCUUCUCGUGAGACCGAGCUGCUGCCUUUGCAUACCUAUCGGUGGUUUACGGACGCUAUGAAAGUGCCCCUGACUAACCUUUCCUGGUAUAUUGAGCGCCACACGAUAAAUGGACACGCGUUUGUGCUGUGUUCAAUACCCGUGCAAUCUCAUACCACUAAAGAAUUCGCAAUUAUCCACUCCGGCCAUAGUUCUAUUGCGAUCAAUAACUUCCUUGCCUCUCUUGACUUGAAAGGGGGGAGGAUUUUUAUUUCGGAUCAGCUUGGAACAACGCUUUUCUCCUCAGAUGCUACGGCUUGUGUGCCGCAGAACAAGACACAGUGUGAACAAGCUCCGGUGCAAGUGGACUCCAUUUUAAACGAAGCAAAGGAUUUCCUGGAUAAAGAAGUGGGGUUGAAGUCGCUUGUCGAAAACCGAACCAGCUUUGCUGAUGUGAAUAUUCGGAACAAACGAUAUUCUGUAGAUACUUGGCCGUAUGAAUUUCAAGCUCUCAGAUUAGCGGUGGUGAUAAUGAUUCCCCGGCACAGUUUUUGGGGACCCAUGGAUUACUACACAAGGAUUACUUGGAUCACGUUGCCUUUGCUGUCUAUUGGUGUCGUUUUCAUUGGGUGCAGUCUUAUAUACUUGCUCGUUGAACAAGUCCAGGCGGAGGAGAAGCUGCGAGCGGAGAUUCAGAGGCAGUCUGAGGCUAAACGCAGGGCGGAAGCCAGUCGAGAUGCUAAGACGAAUUUUUUGUCAAGCAUGAGUCACGAGCUACGAACCCCAAUGGCUUGUAUAAUUGGGCUGCUAGACAUGCUUCUAUCGGAGAAAUUAUUGGAUGACAUCGCAAAUAGUGUCCGCCAAAUUCAUCGGUGUGCCACUUCUCUUGUUGCCAUCCUGAACUCUGCUCUUGAUAUUGCAAAGGUGGAAUCUGGAAAACUUGUGCUGGAGAUGGCGGAAUUUGAUCUUGAGGCAGAAUUAACAGCCCUUAUUGAUGUCUUUUCAGUACAAUGUGAUAACAAAGGUCUAUUUAUCUGCCUUCAGCUUGCAGAUGACGUACCGAAGAACGUCGUAGGUGACUCAGCCCGAGUCAUGCAAGUCUUCACAAACUUGAUUGGGAAUAGUAUUAAGUUCACAUCCUGUGGGAGGAUAUCAGUACGUGCGCGGCUUGCAACACCUGAAGAUGGUGUAAAUCCUACUUCCAGCCGACUUCAACGCCGUGGUUUCAGUUCAUUUUCUCUGGAAACUAUGUUUACAGAUCUUCGGACUAGUGAUGAAGUGAUCAUAUUAUUUGAAGUUGAUGAUACUGGACCAGGGAUUGAACCAACUCUGCGGGAGCGUGUAUUUGAGAAUUUUGUUCAGGGCGCUGCAAGCACAACUCGCACGCAUGGAGGUACUGGACUUGGACUGGGUAUCGUUAAGUCGCUUGUGCAAAUAAUGGGAGGGGACAUCAGAAUCGUUGAAAAGGAAGGCCAAGGUUCUGUAUUUCAGUUCACUAUCUGUUUCCAGCGUUCGCUGAAAAUGGAAAAGAUUCCUUUCAUUCUCCCAUCUUCUUUAGAAGCAGCUGAGGUAAUCCUAGGAAUCCCGAACGCAGAUUGUCGCGCUGUUGCUGCUCACUGGGUCAAAACCUGGGGCCUUGUGGCUCACGAAGUUCAAACGUGGAAAGAAGUUCUUAUUCACAUGAGAGCUCUGAAUGGGAUUUCGGUUGACACUGAUGUUAGAACCUCAAAUUUGACUCACCGGCAUCAUGUAGAUCGUGUUCAACCCCUAAUUAUGGAUAAGGACGGAAUUGGUAAGGCUCUCAAGUCUAAGACCCAGAAGCUUUCCAGUCGAUAUGACUUUUGGAAAAGCUGGCAGUCUAGUGGUACGAAGGCAUUUAGUGGUCUGCAACGGCAAUUGUUAAUUAUCGACAUAAGCCUUUUACCAAGUACUGUUGAGCAUGAUUGUCUUGAAGAAUACUUGCGACAAUCAGGUUUUUUAACGGGAAAUCCGACUGCGUGUUUGGACACUCUUGGGCUUGAGAAACUUCAUCCUAAUGAUCGGCAGUUGUUAGACACUCAACGAAACCUUUUGGUUGUUUGGGUAACAGCAUCUAAUACUCCGGAACCAGUGAAGACUGCAUUGCGAUCAGUUCGAAACUCCAUUGCUGUAAGACGACCACUUCAUGCUACCCGGUUAAAAGAGCUUCUGCAUCAGAUAGCAAGUGAAAUGGGAGACAGCUUGCCAACUAUGGAUGCUGAAAGACCCAAAAUACUUUCGUCAAAUGCCUUAGCCUAUGCUAAGCAGCAAGAGUGGGAUGAUCCGUACAGAUGUGACACUGAGGUCUCUCUCCCGGGUGUUCCUAAGCCGGAGGGGACAAUGUCGCUUCCAAACAUAUCCUUCGAUCAGGCUACUCGGAAACAUCCCACAUUAUCCCUCUUGACUUCUGGUACCCAGAGCCAGGAUGCCAGUGUUUCUCCUAGGCCUAAGUGUACUCAUCGGAGGACUAGGACGCUAAACAGAAAACCUGAGGUGCCUGUAGGGGCUGUCUCAAAACCAUUUGAGAACCUUGAAAUUCUGGUGGCUGAAGAUACUCCUCUUCUGCGCAGGCUUGCUGUUGUGAUGUUGCAGAAACUCGGGGCUAUCACUUAUGAGGCUGGCAACGGGCAGGAGGUAGUAGAUGCAGUUCAAGAUCGUAUCGAUAACAGCAAGUCACCUUUCAACUGUAUACUUAUGGAUUGCCAGAUGCCAGUUAUGGAUGGAUAUGAAGCUUGCAAGGCAGUACGUAGCAUUGAGCAGGAGCAACAGCAAAAGACGCCCAUUAUUGCCCUCACGGCUAAUGCCAUGGCCAGUGACGAACACAAAUGCUUGCAUGCUGGAAUGGAUGCUUUCUUGACUAAACCUAUGAAUCAAGAUUACAUGAUCGAGGUCAUUUUACAAACUGUGGCCUCACAGAUUACACAGAACGCUCCUUUCAAUUCAAAAAUGCUUGAUGUGCAUUCCGCCAAGGUCUCGAAGGAAGUCUUUCCUCACGAGCCAGACCUCAGAGUUUUGGCAACUUGAUGACUUUUAGCAUUACCCUUACACCGACACGGUUUUGAGUUCGUGAGUUUUUGAGGAUUAAACGUGGUUGCGCACUUGAAGGAAGAUUCAGUGAUGAUUGUAAGCUGUUGCUUUGUUGAGAAAAUUUCUGAUUGCUGCCGUCGGUCCAACCUAAUGACGAACUCAAAACAAGUGAAACACUUGAUUGUUUAGACCCAUUGGUGCGAUCUCUAAGCUUACAGAUCUGGUGAUUGGCAUGCUAGGCGAGGCGGUUUUUCAUCUUUUUGGCAUUUAAACCGCUUUGAAGCAAGUACAAACGAUCAGAGCUUUGAUUGAGAACAAACUUAGUGCAUUUGUAGAUUAUUUGAUGAGGUGGAGAUAUGUCCUGAUCUGUUACUGGUUCUUGAACAAUUCUUAUUUAUCUCAAGCGUUUACUGAUACCUCGCGAAACUUGUCCCCUCAAAUGGAAGUCAGUUAGAGACAUAUUUUAAAUAAACGGUACAAUUUGUGACAUCUUAAUUCCAGUAGACAGUUCUAACAGCAUGUGGAACUUGGUGGAAUCUUUUAGGGACUUCGAAUCAAAUUUUGCAAAUAUUAAGACAGAAGAUACUUUGCAUCAA